AUGGACCGAUUCAACGAACUAUUUGAGUACACUGCACGAAAUCUUCUCACUCCUAUACUCGAUGUAUUCAGAGAGAAGGUCAACACUAAUGAUAAACAAAAGAUCGGGCUCCUGGACCUGUUUUACGAUGUAAGUAAAUACUGCAGGGAAUUCCCAGAAAAUGAGGCAAUUACAACGCUUCACAAUCAGCUUAUUGAGAUACUCCCAAAGAUAAAUUGUAACCGAGUUUCCAUUACCGAUUUUGACGCCCUCAUCAACUCCGCCAAAGGCUUUGCUAGCGACCGUCAGAUAUGGAUUGAUGUCAUCUCCAUAGCCGACUCUAUCUCUCUCAAAACCUCACCCACUUCAACAAACCCUAAAACUUCAGCCGGACCACAAAAGAGUUCGAACGUCAAUUUGAUGCGGAAUGUCGCGGAGCCAGUUGGUUACGACAAAAAAACUGCCUCCCUAACAGAGGCCCUAAAAGUAGAGUUGACAGGGAACGUUUAUAAAUCUGUUGGCAAGUUCUGGGAAGUUCAUUUUGAGAGCUUAGCCUGCUCAUCCCUCACAACGAGGAUCUGGGAGAGUUAUCGGGACAAUGGACAAUGUGGCGGAGACAACGUUUUCUCUGAUCAGAUGGACGAAGCAGCCAUGCGACGCUGGCUCUACGCUCUACAUGACCGUUACCUCAGCCAAUUUCUUGAAGAUGCAGAGGAGCCAAUCAGUGGUGGGCCAGUGGUCGCAAGGUGGCCUAACGAUCCGAAGGGAGGUCUGACGUCACGAAAGCUUGACUUUUUCAUUGAAAAUGUCGCAUUACCUGAAAGCGACAUUCAUGAAUGGGGAGAAGUCAGGGUUGUGGGUGAGUUUACUUGUUCUCCAGAACAGAAGGGUGAGAAGGCACACCAGUUGAUGAGAUACGUGCGCGAGAUGUUCUACGCGCAGCCGCUGCGUCGUUUCGUGCACGGAUUCUGCCUUCACAAGAAUCACUUGGAGCUUUGGGUUGUCGAUCGGUCGGGCGGGUACAGUUCAGGCGAAAUAAAAAUUAUCGAGAGUCAAGAAAAACUGGUCCGAGCCCUCUCUUCGUACAUGCUGAUGAGCGACGAAGAGCUUGGGCUCGACACAUUUGUUAGGUAUGUAGGACAGCACGCCUACAUUACCAUCCCAGACGGCGAUAACCCUGGGGAGCAAAUUGAGGUCGUGCCAGAGCCUGUAGCCCGUCCCGUUACGAUUUACUCGCGAGGAAACACUUGUUAUCAGACAACCGAUGGCGAACAUCUGAUCAAGUUUUCCUGGGGUAGCGGCACCAAACGAAGCGAGAUCGAUGCGUUGAGACUAGCCAAGGGAAUCCAUGGUGUCAUCAAUCUUGAGAGAUCCGGCGAUCUGUACAAGAUUGAGACGCACCGCAAGGAUAUUGACUUCUCGAGCGGACAAAGAUGGGAUAUGAGAGGUUGGGGACGUAUUCUGACCACUGGAUCAGAAUCGGCAUCGUUGGACCGCAAUGAUUAUUACACAAAACGCGGGCUAACUGUCGCCAAACUCUCACCAUUCGGACGACCCCUCCAGUCCUGCAGAUCUGCUCGAGAAUUCCUAGUGGGUAUUCGAGAUGCUAUCCUCGCGCAUCGACGGCUUCGUGACCAGGCGAGGCUUCUUCACGGUGACGUCUCGGAAGGCAACAUAAUUCUGAGUCGUCCCAACGAAGAGGGAGCCACGGAGGGAAUACUGAUUGAUCUGGAUAUGUCAUCGCUGAUCGAGAGCAGUAGAAAAAUGGAUGAAGUGAUUGCCAUAACCGGAACCAUGAAGUACAUGGCGCUGGAGCUUCUGUGGAAUAUCAGUGAAAAUAAAUUCACGCUUCCGCAGAACUAUUGGCAUGAUCUGGAAUCGUUUUUCUACGUCUUGAUCGUGGGAUGCAUGUGUUAUGGUGGUGAUUCCAAGAGUCAACCGGAACACUUGGAAAAAUGGUUUACUGAGUCUGCAAGAUCCAACUACGAGUCGAAGCAAUCUGAUAUUAUUCAACAUUUUGAUGCAAAGAUAAUUGGUUAUUUCUCACCGGCCUUUGAUGGUGUCAAGAAACUUGCCAAAAACUUGCGCAAAAUAUUGUUUGGACAGAAUAUCGACCAGUUUGGCAUAGACGAAAGUUCCGACGACCUGUACAAUCCGAUCAUAAGUGCAUUCAAUGAAACUAUUGAUGAAAUUGUUGAAGAACCCUUGAAGAAAAUAAAGGAGACGAAGACAAGGAAGACCUCGGCGGUUGAUCUACCGGAGGGAAGGAAGCGACAAAGAGGAUAG